AAUAUUUCCGCAUUUAAGUAACACAGAGAAGUUUAUUCUCCUUCUGAAGUAAACGUUUGCUAAGUGAUAAAGGAUUCAUGGGGAACACAUCGUCUUGAUUCCCAGAAUGACUCUGAUUGUGUGGACGUUAGUUUUCUGUGUUCUGAUGUACGGAACUGUGACUAAGGCCUGUCCUAGCGUCUGUGACUGUUGGAGGACUGGGCUCUGUAAUGGGACAUAUGUAAGCUGUGAUAGUAGAGGGUUAACUGAAGUACCUACCAACAUCCCAACAGAUACGUGUCAAUUAGAUCUUUCCUACAACAAAAUCACUACAAUACAGGACAAUGCCUUCGCCAGCUUAUACAAUUUACGUGAACUAGAUCUUUACGGAAACGAAAUCACCACGAUACAAGACAAUGUUUUCGCCAGCUUGUACAAUUUACGUAAACUAGAUCUUGCCAACAACGAAAUCACCACAAUACAGGACAAUGUCUUCGCCAGCUUAUACAAUUUAAGUGUCCUAACAGGCAAGGACAAACUUGAUCAAAUAAAGAGACCAAAAACUGGGGGAGGUAAACCCAUAGCUUUGACCACAGCACAGGAUCUUUUUCUUCAGUCCUUGGAGGGAAGACCUCAGAUAGAGGGAAUCGCAUCCGGGAUUGAUACAGACGAAAUAUCAGGAUUUGACAGCACAGUUGGCGAUGGUCCUACAUGUAGUGACAGUGCCAUUCAAGAGGAAAACCAGUCUGAUACACGCAACAAUACACGCAACAGGGGGAAGUUAGCAGAACUUGAAGAAGAAAAUAUGACGUUGGAUAACCAGAGGCUUCGGAUGCAAAUUAACCAACAAAAUGCCAACAAAGAAAUCAUGACACUCAAAAAGGAAAUUUUAAUGCCCAAGAAAUCAAAACUGGAAUUUGAAAUCCUGGCUAACAUAUCCAUUUUUUACUGA